AGGGCAAGAAUCGGUCCUCAAAAAACAAGUUAUAAUCUGAAUAUUUGGCUCAAUCGUAAUUCGUAAUUUGUAAAUCGUAAAUCAUACUGCGUACUUCGUAAAUCGUAAUCAUGCUUGCGUCUCUGAACCGAUUCUUUCCUCGAAUGAGGCUACGUCGCGAUGUACAGCUGAUCUCCAAGAUGGACAUCUUUUGCCAUCUAGUGCUGGUCAUUUGCUUGCCAGUCUCAUUGCUGUACGAGUUCAUAGCUGUGAUACCCAAGUACCAUUCGCCUGGGGGAUACGCCUAUCCUCUAAUAGUUACAUUCAUUAUCUUGCUCUUCAUAAACGUCAUGGCCAAUUUGAUCGCCUGCAUGUUGGUCGAUAUAUCAGUUGAUUAUGAUCGCAUCAAAACUUUUGACGUUAGUGAUGAGUGUGUGAAUUGGCGACAUUGUAAGAUCUGUAAGGCUCUAGCGCCGCCCAGAUCCUGGCACUGUGCCACCUGUGGAACCUGCAUUUUGACACGGGAUCAUCAUUGCAAUUUCACCGGCUGUUGUAUUGGCCAUCAGAAUUACCGCUAUUUCACCUGUUUCGUGCUCUAUUCAUUUGUUUUAUCGAGUCUCCUGAUGUUCUACAACCUAAAGUAUUUCAUCUGGUCAAUGGGCCAGCUGACCCACCUAACCCAUUUCUCAGAUAUGACGUUCAUUCAGGUUCUACACAAUUCUGUGUUCAGUCUGAAUCUGAUCUAUCAAAUCUUUUCGACCGGCAUGAUCAUCCUGCACGCCCCCUUUGUGCUGAAGGGCGAGCUGAUCGGCGAGCGUAACCUGAAGGAUAAGGAUAAGCACAACUACGAUGCUGGCAUCUACUACAAUCUGCGCGGGAUUUUCGGACAGCACAUGCAUGUCGCUUGGAUAUUUCCCUUGUUCGCCAGCCAAUUGCCUGGCGAUGGCUACAACUGGAAGUUGACCACAAAGGACAAGUCAACGGAAACCAUCGCGACAUUUCAUAGCCGUCCAACCGCCUAAUAAUCGCUCGCCAAUCGCCAAUCGGAUACAUUUCAUUUUAGUG